GGCGCGCCCAGCUGCGGCUGCGGUGCCCCGUCUUUGCCAGCUGCGCACCGGCCUGUGUCCCGCACUAACGGGCGGUGGCUGCGGCGACGCCUCCCCUUCCUGGUGUCUGUAGGAUCCCAGGGAGCAAGUGGCAGACGCAUGACUCCUUGGAAUUCGGAGAUCAGAAGUAGGCGACCUACCUGGAGGGAAGUCGAGGGAGGGUGACAGGCCCGGGAGGACAGGUGUCAAGCCAGGCUGCGUCUUUCCUGGGGCGAUUCUCUCCCUCCCUCAAGCUCCAGGCGGUGACAGCGGAGAGAAAGUCUGGCCGUGUUAGAGGAAAGAUACUCUUCAUCUUGUGAGCGUUGAAUGCAAGAGUUUAAGAAGCUCUUUUCCAGUAAGAUAGAAGUCCCCAAAACACGGUAGGGAGGAGCCGAUUUCUCACCAAACACUGGCUCAUGGCGUCUGUGAUUCCUGCUCAUCAGAGACUAAAUUGGGCAUUUUUGUGGUUUAGAAAACAUAUGAUCAGCUGCAGAGGAAUCACCAACUUCCCCUUUCUCUAACUCCCUCUGUUUCGUAGCCGUCUUCACUGAGUUACUGGCUGGCUGAGGUCCCAGGCUUGAGUCGCUGCCAUCAGUCAGGUGUCAACUCAAAUGCCUUUUCCUCCGGGGCAUCUUUUCUCGCUUCCUCCGGGAGUGGGUUAGGCCCUCUUGGCAGUGCCAGGUGCGUUGCACAAGCACUUUCGUUCACUGCGAUUUUCCAAACUACAUAAGCUACAUGAUUUUGUGACCGCGGGCCUGGAAGUGGGUUCUCACCACUGGACUGGGUGACAUCUAGGAGGACGCAGUCAUGACUGCCUGGCACAUAGUAGGUGCUCAACAAGGAUUUAUUAAGUAAAUGAACUGCUCUUUCCCGUACCUGGAACAUGGCAGGGAGAGAUCCGGGCAUUGUGGAAUGUGACAAAGCCAGAGUUUUGCAUCAGGAUUUUAAACUCAUGUCAGCCCUGGUGUCCACGGGGGACUGGUUUCAGGACUGCCUGUGGGUGACAACACCCGAGGAUGUCCAAGUCCCUGGGGUUGUGUUUGCUCAUUAUGGACCCGUGUGGAGACAACAGAGGAGGUUCUCUCAUUUAACUCUUCGUCAUUUCGGGUUGGGAAAGCUUAGCUUGGAGCCCAAGAUCAUCGAGGAGUUCAAGUACGUGAGAGAGGAAAUGCAGAAGCAUGGCGAAGAGCCCUUCUGUCCCUCCCCCAUCGUCAGCAAUGCCGUCGCCAACAUCAUCUGCUCCUUGUGCUUUGGGCAGCGCUUUGACUACGCCAACAGCGAGUUCAAGAAACUGCUUGGCUUUAUGUCACGAGGGCUAGAAAUCUGCAUGAACAGCCAGGUCCUGCUGGUCAACAUCUGCUCCUGGCUUUACUACCUUCCCUUUGGACCAUUUAAGGAAUUAAGACAGAUCAAAAAGGAUAUAACCAGUUUCCUUAAGAAAAUCAUCAAAGCCCACCAGGAGUCUCUGAACGCAGAGAACCCUCAGGACUUCAUAGACAUGUACCUUCUGCACAUGCAAGAGGAGAGGAAAAAUAACAGCAACAGCAGUUUUGACGAAGAAUACCUAUUUUAUAUCAUUGGAGAUCUCUUCAUUGCCGGGACUGAUACCACAACUAACUCCUUGCUUUGGUGCCUGCUGUAUAUGUCACUGAACCCCAGCGUACAAGAAAAGGUUCACGAGGAAAUUGCAAGGGUCAUUGGCCCCAAGCGAGCCCCUUCCCUCACAGACAAGGCCCAGAUGCCGUACACGGAAGCCACCAUCAUGGAGGUGCAGAGGCUGAGUGCGGUGGUGCCACUUGCCAUUCCUCACAGGGCCCUGGAGGAAACAGCGCUGUGCUGGCCAGAAAGAGAAGCCCAGGGAAUGUCUGAGCCCUCAGCUGUCCCCUGGGAGCUGGGCCCGCGUUCCGGCUCUGCUCAGGGCUCUGGGCCUCACGGCAUCCCUGCUGACGGCAGAACAACAACGCUGCGGUUCCAAUCAGCCGUGUCGGCAGAAAAACACUCUAGAGCCGACAAAGGCACUUCCAGUCCUCUUCCCGGAGUGCUCCAAGGGUUUACCAUUCCCAAAGGCACAAUGAUCCUACCCAACUUGUGGUCGAUACACAGAGACCCGGCCAUUUGGGAGAAACCAGAGGAUUUCUGCCCUCAUCGAUUUCUGGAUGACCAAGGACAACUUAUCAAAAAAGAAACCUUUAUUCCUUUUGGGAUAGGGAAGCGGGUGUGCAUGGGAGAACAGCUGGCAAAGAUGGAAUUAUUCUUGAUGUUUGUGAGCCUGAUGCAGAGUUUCACGUUUGCUUUACCGAAGGGUGCUAAGAAGCCCAUCCUGACCGGAAGGUUUGGUCUCACUUUAGCCCCACAUCCAUUCAAUGUAAUCAUUUCUAAGAGAUGAAGAACAUCUCCAAGAAGAGAUGGUAAAAAGAUACCUGAAUAUACAAAUAUAAAAUAUGUACAUCUGUGUCCUUCUAAACGGAUUCUUCCUGCUGCAGGUGACAGUGUACCUAGCAACUCAGCAGAUCCAGGUUAGGCUCAGAUUAGAGAAAGACUGGAAAGAGCUAGAGCCCACGAGAGCUUUCGUCCUGGAGGAUUCGUCAGCAGGUACUUCAGCCGUUUUGGUAACGCAAGUCUGUGAUUUUCGGAACGGGGACCAAAGUAUCGAGGAUUUUAUUUGCAGUGGCUUCCACCAAUGAGCCUGUCUUCGCAUCCCGCAGUGCCUCCGACAUCCCAGGUGUAAAACGAGGGUAACAAAACUUGCCUUCUCUCUACCUCUCAGUACUAAAGGAAGGUCGGAUGCCUCUUAUCUUUUCUGAUAGCACUAAAAUGCCGUUAAAUUCUGGAGAAGGAAUUCAGGAGCAAAAGAAGAUCUACCCCUUCUUGAGACCUAUGAGAACAGAAAAGCGGUGCUCAGCCUGGAACACUUUGUCAGAGAGGGGUGUGGAUGUUUUAGGUAAUAUUGAGGUAGAACUUGUCUCAGCACAGAGUCUAUGUCAGUUGCUUUGGGCUUGUUCUGUUAUUGUUCCAUUUUUUUUAAUGAUUUUAGUUUUUACUUUUUGUAGAAAUGGGAUGAAGUGGACCCGUGUCUAGUAUAUUGAGGGGAAAAAAGAAAUUCAGAUUUUUAAAAAUCCCCUAUAAAGUUACUGUCUAAAUCUGUAUGUUUGUGUUCUAGUUCAACUACAUGAGCAGGGAGCCUGGCUAAAGAAGUGGCUUCAUGGCAAGAUUCCUUCCUGCUGAAUUAUUUGCAAAGAUGUAGCUCUGCCCUUUGACUUAAGCCCUGAAUGGUGGCCUUGGGAAUUUUGUUUUUUGUUGUUUUUUUUUUUUUUUG